AUGGGUAUCAUCCAUCAACACGUUGCCCCCAGGGCUAACGGAGGAGGAGCGACAGAGAUCCGCUCUGAGCUAGUCAAGCUGUCACACACGCUGCCCCCAGGGCUCACGGAGGAGGAGGCUGAGGAGAUCCGCUCUGAGCUAGUCAAGGUGGAGGAGGAGAUCAGCACCCUGAGACAGGUGCUCCUGGCCAAAGAGAAGCAUUCUGCUGAGCUAAAGAGGAAGCUGGGGCUGAGCCCCCUCAACGAGCUCAAACAGAACCUCACCAAGGGGUGGCAGGAUGUCCAGACCUCUAAUGCGUAUAAGAAGACUCAGGAGACCCUGUCUGUGGCGGGACAGAAGACCACUGCUGCCUUCUCCACCAUGGGUACUGCCCUCAGCAGGAAACUGGGAGACAUGAGAGCGCUGUCGUUCUCUAACUCCUUUAGUAGCAACUACUCCAUCCGCCAUUCGAUAAGUAUGCCAGCGAUGAGAAACUCUCCAACCUUCAAGUCGUUUGAGGACAAAGUUGGAAACAUGAAGUACAAGGUGGUUGGAGCCAGAGGUAACGGUGAAGCUGUCCAGUCCCCAACCGACACAAACCCUGUUCAGGACAACGCACCCUUCUGAAGACCCCCCCCCCUCUCUCUCUCUCAUCACCGGGACUGUGACAUCAUCAUCGAGAGCCUCAUCACUGAGUGACACAUGACCUUUGGCCUAAAGAAGUCACCCUCUAAUCCACACAUUUACUCACUACUGCCUCCCUCACCUGACCGGCAAACGUAGUGCCCUCUAUCAUUUAAUACUACUGCCCAGUCCUAAAUCACCCCCWUAGCCCCUACUCCGUAGCCCCUACCCUCUCCCUUGUGGACGACUGAAAGGACUGGAUUGAUGUGUGCAAUAUGUCAACACUUCCACCUAUGCUAUGACAGGGCAAGGUAGAUCCACUACCAUAUUGUUUACUACCAUAUUGUUUACUCUUAUCUAGUUCCUUCAGAUCUCCACAAGUGCCUUGGCGGUUAGGGGCUUAAAGGUCCGUUUUGAAAUCUCCCUCAGCCCCCUCGRCUACUAAAAGCAUGUGCAUAUCUCAUCUCACUGUGCAAAUACAAAACUACCGCAAAAUACAACCUGAGGUUACAUAACAUCAAAUCACCACAGCUUGUAUAAGAAAAAAAAACUAAGUUAAACCAUUUUGUAUUAUAAAACAAUUUUACACUGCUUUGCAUAAUGUUUUUACAUGACUUAUCUAUAUGUAUAAAUAUGAAUAAAUAGAUUAUGAUCAAUACUGCCAGUCGGCAUUCAUCGGUAGGUGUGGAGGCUCAAACAAGAAAGCAAAUAAAAGGAAAAUAAAAACACUACGACUACAACAAUGAUCAGUUUGUUGCCCUGCUGAGCAUUCUAUUUCUGUUUGGUGCCCUGCUGAGCAUUCUAUUUCUGUUUGGUGCCCUGCUGAGCAUUCUAUUUCUGUUUGGUGCCCUGCUGAGCAUUCUAUUUCUGUUUUGGUGCCCUGCUGAGCAUUCUAUUUCUGUUUUGGUGCCCUGCUGAGCAUUCUAUUUCUGUUUGGUGCCCUGCUGAGCAUUCUAUUUCUGUUUGGUGUGUUUCUACAAUGUGAAGCAAGACUUUGGUGUAAAGACCAGUUUCUACCUUCAUCAGAUGGCUAUCUUUAGGCCUUACUCCUUCAGUCUUACUGCUUUCUGUUACUUUGCUGGUAUAAAAUAAAUGUACGUUUUUCUAUUCUUCAUCUGGAAGUUGUAGAAUAGCGUUUAACUUGG